AAUUUAAUUUAAAUAAAUUAAAUUAUAUUAUCUUAACUGUUUACUCUAGUUAAACGACAGUUUGUUCGGGAAAUAAAUUUACGACUCCUUUUUUGCCAGUAUCGAACCAUUCAACAGAUUUUUUUUAUAAUAAAUUCAGAUUAAACGGCAUAAGAUAUUUAAAAAAUUACUUACUGGCUUCAAUAAGAUCACUCAUCGGCUAGCGCGAUUCUCAAUAUAAUUAUAAGCAAGAUAUUUAAAAGCUAUGAAUUAUGAGUUAGAAGAAUAAAUAAUAAUACACCCAACUCUUUUUUUACACGGUAGAUACGUUUCUCAGAAAUCCGUGUAAAAAAAAAUACCAAGUGUCAAACAAGACAGUGAUUUUGAGACCGUACUAGAUUAAAAAUUUUUUACAAAAAAAAUUUUUUUUUAACCGUGAAACUUCAAAUCCGUGUAAAAAGAAACCGUGUAAAAAAAGAGUUGGGGUAAUAAGAAAUAAUAAAUAAGAAGUACUCAUUAUUAAACAUUUAUAUAGUUAAAUAUAAUUUAUAUAAAAGCUGUAAAUAUUGUUUUUUUCUUAAGGUUCGCGGUUUUGUUGGUUGUCAUAAAAUGCUUGAGCGUGACAUGUAUCUAUUAGUCUGUCUUGCAUUCAACCAUUGGCAUACCGGAAUUGAAGACCCACUACAGUAUCCACAGUGUAUAUUAGCAAUUCAUAGUUCUAAACGUCUUUUGGUAGAGCAAAUUCAUCCGCCCUUACAUAUACUGGCUGAUGCUAUUAUAAACUUAACGCUUACUAAAGGACAGCGACAUGAAGGAAGAGAAGGAAUGACUGCUUACUACCUUACAAAAGGGUGGGCUGGACUGGUAGUGAUGGUGGAAAAUCGUCAUGAAAAUAAAUGGAUUCACGUGAAAUGUGACUGCCAUGAAAGUUACAAUGUAGUUUCUACAAGAGGAGAACUAAAGACUGUUGAUUCAGUUCCUCCAUUACAAAGGCAAGUUAUAAUUGUACUAACACAAUUAGAAGGAAGUGGCGGGUUUAGCAUUGCUCAUCGCUUAACACAUCGCCUAGCUAAUUCGCGUGGUCUUCAUGAUUGGGGACCCUUUGGAGCUACUCAUUGCCCGCCUAUUGAAAAUGUUCAUGGUUUGCAUGCUCCACGAUUGAUUACAUAAAUCAAGUAUUCUGGUCAAAGUUUAGAAAUACACAUAUGCUUGUUUCACUAACAUUUGUAUUUAAACUUUAAUAAAAUGAAUGUACACUUUUAAAAAACUCUAA